AUGUCUUGUGUUACAUGGAGGGCAAUUCAUAAUAGAAUGCCUACUGAUGAUAAGAUUGCCGAUAAGUUUAAAAUAACCACUGUUUCUAAAUGUGUUUGUUGUGUUGCUACAGGUAUGAACCCGGGAAUUGAAUCCUCAGAACACCUAUUUUGCAAAGGAGACUACGCACAACGAAUCUGGAGCUCCAUAAUUGGCAGAAUGGGCAUUAUCACCAGGCACACAAAUCUCAGAGAAUUGCUCCAAAGAUGCUGGAAUUCCACAUCCAAAAAUCCAGUCGCUGAAUAUGUUUUAAGUAUCAUCCCUCCAAUCAUUAUCUGGGAAUUAUGGAGAUCAAGGUGCAACUCUAGAUAUGAGGAAGAGAGACCAUCCACCAAUAGAUCUAUUUCUCUGAUAGUCUUCAACAUCUGCCACUUAACCAAAAAGGUUUUCUCCAACAUUAACCUUCCGGAGAAUUGGGAAAGCCUACUUAAGCUAAUGGAAAUACAACUUGAAGACACUAUCCACACCACGGUUAAAUGGUCGAGACCCUCGCAUCACUCCAUGAAGUUGAAUACGAAUGGCUCUUGUAUUGGAGAUUCUAGUGGAGGAGGUGGAGUGGUGCGAGACUCAAAUGGAAAUUGCAUUAUGGCCUUUAUUCUUCCCCUGGGAAAUGGAACCAGCAAUACUGCUGAAGCAAAAGCCUUCCUCUUUGGCCUGAAGUGGUGUAUUGCCAAUGGGCACAUCUUUACUACAGUUGAAACUGAUUCCCUCCUCCUCCUAAAUAGCAUUCUCAAUUUAUGGUCUACUCCUUGGAGGAUGAGAGAAACGGUGGAAGAAAUCAGAGAGUUGAUCCUCAGACACAAUAUUCAGAUCAAUCACUGUUAUAGGGAAGCCAACAGAGUGGCUGACAAACUUGCUUCUUAUAGUCAUCUAACCAACACUACCAUAGUUAUUACCAACACAUCUGGUCUGCCAACACAUGUUAAGGGACUCCUCAAUUUAGAUAAAUGGCAAUUUCCAUCCUUUAGGAUUAAAAAAAGGAAGCCUUCCUUGAUUUACUAUGACCCUCCUUGA